AUGGGCAGAUCAGGUGGGGGUUGCGGGUUGAGUAGCAUGACGCAGAUAUUACACGGCUUGGGUGUUAGGUGGACUAAGGAAUUCAAGGCGUUAAGGUCCCAACUAUGGUGGGGUGGCCAGGGGAUGAUGGUUGGGGAGGAGGGAGCUGCAGUAGAAGAAGGCCCUCCUUCGGUUGGUUUCUCCGAUGCAUUGUUACUAGUUAUUUGUCCUCUAGUUAUUUUCUCUUGUGCAUUCCCCAUCUCUUCAAUAUACGUCUUCCAUCCAAUGCUUCUUGUUACUUAUAUAGGUAAAAACACGGCUAAGUUGGUCAUUUCCCUGCAUGCACAUGAUGCAUGA